AUGGCCUUGCUGCAGUUGGAAGCUGCUAGGGUGUCACCUGAGACAUCCCAGAGACAAUAUUUAGAUUUUAUUAUUAGUGGGAGAGCUUCAACGGGUCCUUCUUCUUCUUUAUCCGUUCAUCCUCAGGAAUGGAGCUUGGAAAGCUUCCUACAACAUCAUCCAGCCAAGUUGAUGGUGGCUGGUCUUUGCAUCAAGGGGUUUCCAGUGUUGGUGGAGAGCGUUAAGAAAUAUUGCGUGUUGUUUGAUUCAGGAGCGAAACACUCUUUUGUGUCUGAGGGUUGUGUUGAGGAUUUGGGGUUGGUUGUGAGAGAGCUACAAUAUGAUUUGACUGUAUCUAGUCCCACUUCGGGGUUGGUUAAGACACCUACAUUGUGUGUUAGAUGUUCAGUGGUGGUUGAAGGGCGUCAGUUCAAGUUGAAGCAAGAAUUGUUGGAAGGAGCGUGUUGCUUUCUAGUUUUGUCUCACUUGGAGGUUGUUCCGAGUGAGCGGUGUGUAGAUCGCUCGGUAGUUAGUAGAGUGGACCAUUCGGUAGCAAGUAGUAUAGAUCGAACGGUGGUAAGAGACUUUUUGGAUGUGUUUCCUGAGGAAGUGCCUAGAUUGCCUCCUCAACGAGAAGUUAAGUUCUUUAUUGAUCUGGUACUAGGUGCUGGACCAGUAUCAAUAGCCCCUUAUAGGAUGGCUCCAGCAGAGUUGGCGGAACUUAAGAAGCAGAUUGAGGAAUUGUUGGAGAAGUAG